CUGUUUUGCUAACUUAGCCCUCUCUUAUUUUAGCUAAACUCAAACAUUCGCGGCAGAAGACGAAUUGGACAUAUUGAAUUAGGCAUUGGAUAGGACGGUCCUCAGAAACAGCCAUCUUUAUUCAAUACUAUCAGCUCCGCCAUUGUCAUAGUUAGUAACAAAGCUAGUUGUGGCAUCACCUUACUCUCCAUGCGCAUUAAACCGAAACUCGCGCCGCCCGCUGGCGAAACUCGCACCUUCUCAUAGCUUGGAUAAGAUCAGGAAGAAAAAGCAGAGAUCAAUGUGAAUGGUGCCACGUGUCGGAGAGGCUGAGCAACGCCUCAAACGUGAAGGCUGCAACACCAAAACACCCCCGCCAAGCGAUGCGCCAGCACUGGAAUCAAAUGUAAGCCUACAUACUUCCAGGCUCCUGUUUUCUUCACACUGGUUCUUCUCUUUAGCGUCAGGCGGAUUCUAGCACGUUGCCAUGUCAGAACUACAACGAGACAUACCUAGUUUGUCGACACCAAACGGGCCUCAAAUCUAUGAUCCCGCGACUGGCCCAAACAAAAUUGUAGCAGAAUAUCUGGCUAUGAACAGUCCAACUUUCAUACGGCUCGAGGCAGCUAGGAAGAAGGUAGUUGCACCAGCGAUGUGCAUCAAUUUUGAUCACUUAUUAAUACCAUUUCAGGGUUGGGACAAUCCAGACGGAGACAGUUAUUGGCAGAAUCGACGUGAACAAUCGGACAAAGCCACAGAGGAUGCAGCGCAAGCAUUCUACGAUAUGACAAAGCAAAUCGCAGAGGAAAUGCAGGCGAAGACAAGCGCUCUGACCCCAGGAGACCUUGGUGUUCAACCCUUCCAGUCCCUGGACUUAUGCAUGGCACCAGGCGGCUUCACGUGGGGCACCUUGGAGUACAACCCUAACGCAAUCGCCUAUGGCAUCACUCUCCCUCCCGAAAUUGGCGGUUACAAAAACCGGUUCACAUUACCUGCCGAAUACGUCAAGUUCAUGGACAUCACCAUGCUCGCGAGUGAGUUCGGCGUCGGAACCAUUCCAACGUGUCAUCCAGACCACUCCCUCUUCCACGCUGAACGCCCCUUCGUUGAUCAACGCUUUCAGCUCAUUUUCUGCGGCGGUGCCGUUCUCAGGAGUCAUGAGCGAUCUGAGCACAGACGAGAAUUCGAACGAAUGCGUCUGACGACAUCUCAGCUCAUCCUAAGUAUGCAGCGGAUCAUUCCGGGAGGGACAAUGGCUGUCUUACUUCGCAGACCAGAUGCCUGGGAUGUAGUACAUCUACUUCACCAAUUCAACUCAUUUGCAAAUAUCCAGUUGUUCAAACCAUACAAGAAACACGCUCUUCGAUCAACUUUCUACCUCGUGGCUAAGAACGUACAACCAGAGGCUGAGAGUGCAAAGGCUGCGCUGGAAAAGUGGAGGAAGAGUUGGUCUCGUGCGACAUUUGGUGGUGAUGAAGGAACAGGAGAAAAGGAUCCUGAAAUGGACGUGGAGGCUGUGGAAAAAGUGCUGGAUGAGUUUGGUCCUAAGCUUAUUGAGUUGGCGAUUCCUGUCUGGAAGAUUCAGGCUGGUGCGUUGGAGAGGCAGGACUUUACCAAGGCUCGGAAUGAUGGUAGGAAGAAGCGGCACUAUUGGCCGAAGAAAGGGGCUGAAGUGCCUUGAUCAAGGUAAAAACACACCAUACUUGAUAUUUUGAGGAGCGAUUGUGAGCCAACAAUGAAA